GUGGGAAAUGGGAGUUUGGUGCGUCCUCUUGUGCUGGGAGGGUGUGAGCUGUGGGUCGACUCAUCUCAUUUGCAGCCUACAGCUUGGGGUUCCCCUCUGCCAGUUUCUUUUUGCAUGGAACCCAAAGGCAGGGACCGUGCUUUUGGAAGUAAGUUGCAGAGUUGUUCCUGUCCGAGGCUUUGGACUCCUCCUUUCUGCAGAGUGGGCGCCAAGAAUCCACAGUACUUUUACUGGUGGGAAGUAAACGGAACGUUCCAGCACCAACAACACUGCAUUACCAUUUUUACAGUCUGUUUUGUGACCGCCACCGUGGCGUGGUGAUCGGCCUGCCAUGCUGCAGAAGGAUAGGUGUGUUUUGGUGGAUGGGAACGCAGCCCAGCGCGGGAGAUUGGCAAAGUGGGAAAGUGGAUCCCAAGGUCACAGGGAGUCCCAAAGGCAGCCUAUUAAAAGUGGUAAUCGGUCGUCUCUCUGCACGCUCUACUAUAUUUAGACAGCAAAGGAGGCAGCCACGUGAGAUGGUAAGAGGAAGAUAAGGGGUUGGACCUUUUAUGUUGACGUUUUUUCUACCUUAGGCAAAAGGUGCAGACUCUGCAUUUUCGUCAAACGCUUCCUGACUGAUUAUGCAAAAGUUAAGUCUAGGACGGUGGGCAUAAUGACAUUUUCCCCAUUAUUUCAUCUCACACUGCAAGGCAGAUGUUGUCAGCUCUGUUUGGGUGAGAAAAUGGAAAGUCAGGGAUAGGAAGUAUCUUAGUGAGGAACAGAAUAAAGACAGAGUGAGUCACCUGACUUGGAGAUUGAGUGAUUCCCAUUGCUAAAUCGGGCUACCACUGCCUUUUGGGAAACUUCACAAGAUCAAUAAUUUCUGUGUUUCUUUCCCAGCUGUGUUUCUGUCUGCUCAGCCUGGCCUUGAACUCAAGAUCCUCUUGGCUCAGUCGGGAUUAUAAGAACAUUCUGCACCUUACUGGGCAAUAGUCUUUUAAAAUAACAGCGGGGUCUCACUAUGUAGUUCUGGCUGGCCUAGAACUCAAUAUGUAGGCCCGGCUGUCCUCAAACUCACAGAGAUCCUCUUGCUUUUACUUCCUGUGAUGGGACUAAAGUCAUCUACUACCAUAGCACUCCCCCCCCCCCACCCUUUAGUUUCUGUUUUUCGAGUAUGCUGUUUAGAUUUUUGUUGUGCACAUAAAGAAAAGAAACAGGAUCGCAAUUACGAAUUGGAAGGUUAAGGCUGUGUGGAGAAAAAUCACUCUCUCUUUCAUUUCUUUCUUUCUUCAGUGUUAGGGUUGGAAGCCAGGGCCUUGGAUAUGGUGCUUGAGGGCUGCACCAGUUCCCUACCUUUAAAGUGAUUUUUUUCAUCAUAUGAAUAAUAUUGUACUUUAUGCACUCUCUCUUAGUAGACAUUUAGGUUGCAUUCCAAAUUAAAAACAAAAUACUCCAAAACUUAUGCGUCUAGUAUUGCUGUAUACUCUCUUUCCCUGGGAGUGAUGUUGUAUCAUAUUUAAUGAGGAAUUUCUGUUCCUUAAGUGGCUGUUGAGGUUGCUGUGUUGGGCAGAUCAAAGGGCUGGCCACAGUGUUGGUUUUAACUGCAGGACAGAUAUGAAGACCCAAUAGCAAGUGAACGUUACUUUGCAUAAUUCUUGAUACUUCUGUGUCUAGGUAAUUUCCAACUUCAGGCAAUUCCAUGACAUAGGCUUUCUUUGCAGAUAUGGGCUCACCUGAAUUUCAGCUGUGAGCAAGAUUUAAACCUCAGGUUUGUCUGACUUAAGGGAUUAGGCCUUUAACUGCACUAGAUAAGAUUCGACCAAUCUGAUAAUUUUUUGUCCCUACAAUGCUUCUGGCGUUGAACGUCUGAAAGGCUAGGGAUUUAGCUCCCUCAGUAGAGCAGUAAUUACCUAGAGCAGCCCUUACUUACUGUGUAGCCCAGCACUCCAUAAUCCUACGGUGGCAUGUGCCCGAAGUCCCAGUACUCUGAAGGAGAGGCAGGAGCAGGAGUUCAAGGUCAUAUGACCUUUCCUUUUGAAGCAAGCUUGAGGUCUCCAUAGUCUAUAAGAGAUCCUGUCCAAAAAAUUCAUUUUUCUUUGCAACCGGUAAAUAAUGCCUGUGAGUUCAAGGACAAGCAGAAAUUAUUGAUCUUAUGUCUUGUCAAAAGAUUUUGGGGCUGGGGAUUUAGCUCAGUGGUAGAGCGCUUACCUAGGAAGCGCAAGGCCCUGGGUUCGGUCCCCAGCUCCGGAAAAAAAAAAAAAAAAAAGAUUUUGAAAUGUAGAGACCUCCACAGAGAAGUCCACUUUUUUGUUUUGUUUUGUUUUUAUCUUUUUUUGAGACAGGGUUUCUCUGUGUAGCCCUGGCUGUCCUGGAACUCACUUUGUAGAACAGGCUGGUCUUGAACUCAGAGAUUCACCUGCCUCUGCCUCGAGUGCUGGGAAUAAAGGUAUGCACCUCCAUUGACCAUCUGAGAAGUCAGUUUUUAAAAUGGCAUUUAUGCAAAAUUCUGGUUAGAGUGUACCAUGCAAGGCAGCUCUCCCUGGCAGUGCUAAAAGGAGAUUUCCUUGUGGUUCUUCUCCUUAAGAGUGUUUUGUUAGUUCAUUUGUUUUUUUUUGAAAAAGAUCUUACUGUAUAGCCCUGGAUGGUUUCUGCCUCUGCUUCCAGAAUACCCACGUUAACUCCACAUAAUGUAUGAUCUAUUUCAGAAUUUUCAAGAAAGGGCUAGAUUUGUUAGUAAUAAAGGGCUAAAUUUAAUAGUAAAUGCUGGGACUGGAAGAGGUGGCUCAGUGGUUAAGAGCACUGGCUGCUCUUCCAGAGGUCCUGAGUUCAAUUCCCAGCAACCUCACAGUGGCUCACAACCAUCUGUAAUGUUUGAAGACAGCUACAAUGUAUUCAUCUACAUAAUGUAAAUAAGUAAUUACAUCUUAGAAAAAAUAAAUGCUGAGAUUACUUCCACUGAGUUAUAAGGGAGUUCCACAGCAUUUUGGUCCCCCCACCCCCCUUGCCAGUACAUCUCCCUGCUCCCUCUCUUUCUUUGGAGACAGGGUCUCACUUUGAAGUCUUGGUUAGCUUAAAAUCACUAUGUAGACCGGGCCGUCUUUGUCUCGACUUCUGGCAUUAUAAGUAUGUACCACCAUGUACCACCAUGUUUACUGUUUGGAAGUAGUGGCAGGAGGAAACAAUGCCAGCUAUUCUCAGUGUAGGGCCUGCUGAAAUACAAAUGAGUGUUCCAGAGAAAGAAUUCUCCCCUGAGACAUUUGUGCGAUAAAGAUCCUUAAUCUCGUUCUAAAAGUCUGAAAGUCCAAGGGAAUUUAAGCCAGCGGUGGGAACUGGGAAAGAACUGACAGCCUGCCUUUCUGGUUAUGAAGUCUCUGCGAAACUGAGGCUUUGGGAUGGGGAUACUAGCUGCACUCCGAAUUGGUCAGUAAAGUCGAUAAGGCAUAGAGUAGGGCACCAACCAGCCUCCACCACGUGCCCACGUGCUGGUGACACAACCAUGGCAGAGGUAGUCCAGGUAGGUUAGAAGGAGUAAGAGCCCUUGAGUUGUCCCUUUCACUUCGGUUUUACCUGUUCCAAGCUCACGCUUUUUUUGCCUGAGUGGAAGGGAGUCAGGUUCUUUGGGAAGGAAAAUGCGUACCACAGUUAACUGGAGCAUUGGCUUCUGCCAGAAUCCAUAGAUUGCUUUCAACUGCUGGAGCCUGGAAAACCGUGGAACUGCUAAGUCUAGAGUUCUCUGUCUCCUCAUUCUGUGUCAGGGCAGUCUUGGGGCUCAUGCGAGGGUGUUCAUCUUACCUGCUGUUUUCUCCUUGGGGAAAGACAAAUAUUCUAAUGACGUGUUUGUUAUCAAAAAAUAUCUAUUAAAAGCAGGUAUAUUUUUAGAAUUCAUAUUUAGGUUAGCAUUAAUGCUAAUCUUUUGAAGAAAUUACCGUCUUUUUUGAGCCAAAGACUCUACUUUUUUCAACAAUUUCCCUAAUAUGUUCUUUUUCAAAAAUAUUUUUUAAAAAGAUUUAUUUAUUUAUUAUGUAUAAGUACACUGUGGCUGUCUUCAGACACACCAGAAGAGGGCAUUGGAUCCCAUGACAGAUGGUUGUGAGCCACCACGUGGUUGCUGGGAUUUGAACUCAGGACCUCUGGAAGAGCAGUCGGUGCUCUUAACCACUGAGCCAUCUCUCCAGCCUUAAAAAUAUUUUUGUGAAUGCGUGUGUGUACGCGUGCAUGUUGGUGUGUGAGGGUGUACCCAUGCCACGCUCUGUCUGUGGAGGUAGGAGGACAGUGCUGGGUGCUGUUUUUUUUUUUUUUUUUUGGAGCUGGGGACUCUGAACCCAGGGCCUUGUGCUUGCUAGGCAAGCACUCUACCUCUGAGCUAAAUCCCCAACCCCUCACUUUCAGCUUUUACACAGGCUCCAGUGCUCAGCCUUGAGCAGCAAAUGCUUUUACUGAGCCAGGUCCACGGCCCCAAAUAUGCUCUUUAAUGGCCUUUCUUGAAAGUGGAGGAGGUCCGUGUUUAAGACUGGGAAACACCACACAAUAUACUUCUCCAGACUGUUUAAAAUGCAAGUUAACAUGAGGGUUUUUUUUGUUGUUGUUGUUUGUUUUAUUUUUUAUUUUAUUUUUAAUUGCCUGUUAAAAAGGUGUGGGAAGAGAGGCUCUCUUUCCACAAGCUUUACUGUUACACCACUUUCCCUUUAUGGUAAAAGUAUAUUCUUUAGACAGCUAUACCAGUGAGCAGGAAUUGGGUAGCAUUUAGAGGUGGGAGCAUGUCGUGUUACCUCAUUACCCUCUCUAGCUGCUGAAGUUCAAGCCAGUGUCAAACUCCCAAGUUUUCAUGUUUACCUUUAUGUCGAUACCUACUAUAAAGCCUAGACCUUCCCUUUCACUGACUUGAACUGGCAGUGCACAGAUUCCCCAGAGAAAAGCACAAUUAUCUGGUUAGAGUUGCAUGUGAUAUGGAAGCCUCCAGACUGCCAUCCAAUGUUAAUUUUCAGUCAUAGGAUUGAUGAAGCUUGGCCAACUGUGUUGGUCAACAAGUACUCGUGAAGAAGGGUACAUAGCAGAGUGAAAGGGAAACUUACAGCGACGGUCUGGCCAGAUCCUUCACCAUUCUUCCCUUGCAGUGUUAGGGCCCAAACAAGGUAGGUCCAAGAAUUCCUCUACAGAUAGCUCUUACACAGAACCUGUGCAGUAUGUACUGGGGGUAUUAGAGGAUUAUUUCUUAGCUUUAAUGGCUGACUCUGAGGAAAAAGACUUUAAUUAUUACCCACCCGGGAACUGAGGGGGAGAGAAUUCAAGUCGUAACAGUGCCUGUUAUGGAGAGUGAGUGAGAGACAGGAAGGCAAGAGAGGAUCUGAGAGGAACUAGUUUUUGGCUUCCUUUGGGCUAGUUUUUUAAGCCCUAGAACUACAAUGUGGUUUUUCCCACCUAAAUUACUGGAGAUUUAGGCUGUCAAGUUUUGACUCUGGAAGCCAGAGUCAAUCCUGAUGCCUUUAUCUUCAAGAGGUUCAGUUGGCAAGGAAAGCCGCUGCCUGAAUGAAGUAAGUAGCAACUGCUUGGUUGAGAUGACUUUAGUAAUAGAGAGACUCAGCUCCUGCUCCUCCACACCGAUUACUGUGAUAGCAGCCCACGAUUCCUACAUAGAACAGCUAAGAAGGCUUACUCGUGCCAACAACUCAUCUGAACCACUCACUAGUAAGUCAACAGAGCACAAAAGCCACUCACAGAAUUGGAAAAUAAAGGAGGAGUAUGGGCUGGGCCUGGUAGUGUCCACCUAGAAUCCUGGUGCUUUGGAGGUAGACCAGAAGGCGAGUUCAAGGUCAGCAGGGGCUAUGUACUGAGUCACCACAGUAAAAGGAAGAAAUGGUCCGUCAUGGUUCUUUCCUUUCCUUCCAUGUUAACUGCCAAGUCAGCACGACUAAAGGUAUGUCAGACUUAUUUCAGGAGUUCUGAGAUACCGUUUAGACUAAAUGGUGUUCUGCGCGUUUGUGUUUGUAACGUCAGUGCUGGAGAUGAAAUCCAGGGCUGUAUACAUACGAGGCAAAGGCUCUACCACUGCUCACGGCGUCAGCUCUGAGCUCUGAUGUGAUUGGCUUCAUCUUUACACUUAUCCUUGUUCAACCUGUACUGCAGUUUCAUGAGGUCAAUUCUAUAGCUAGGCACUUGGCCUUCUCUGGAUGCAGUGCUUCAUAAACCUCGUGGCUCCACUUACUUUCUUGGGGUUAAGAUGAAUGUUUACAAUUUCUGGACAGUUCCAUUUGGGUUUAAAUGCACAUCGUACUCAGCUAGAGUGGAUUUGCCUUUUAGCCAGCCCAGGCAGCCUUUCCCCUUCACCAGACACACCAACCCCUAUGUGGACACACAUCUUUCCUGGAUUCUCAUAGAGUACUUUGGGUUCCUUAAGUUACACAUACAUGGUGUGAUGUUUUCCCAGAGGCCACGUGGGCUCUGACAUAGUUAAUGAUUAAUCCACGAUAGGUAUCAUGGCAUUAAUGGGAGGUAGGUGAAGUUAGGCGGGUCCUAUGGGGUAAGCUGGUCACUAGGGUGUGGCCUUGAAGGUGAUUGUUGGCCCUCACUCCUUCCUCUAUUGCUACUUCUGUUUCCUGGCUGCUGUGCCGUGAACUGCUGUGCUCUACCAGACUCUACCGUGGGUCAUACCUCAAUACCAUGAGCCCAAAGAAAUCCUCCUUCAAGUUCUUCUCAGGGGUUUGGUCACAGUGACACAAAAACCUAACUAACACACCCAGAAGUCAUACAUUUCUCCCCUUCCAUUUGUAUUUGCAUCCUACUUCUUAAAUUGGCCUCACCCCCUUCUCCUUCAUGCCUGUGUCUUUGUUUCAUGUCUUUAUUACUUUGGGCCUUGUGUCGGUAUAUGCUCUGCCCAGGGAGUGGUGCUAUUAAAAAGUGUGUCCCUAUUGGGGGAGGUGUGUCACUGUGGGUGUGGGCUUAAGACCCUCCUCCUAGCUGCCUUGAAGUCAGUAUUCUGCUAGCAGCCUUCAGAUGAAGAUGUAGAACUCAGCUCCUCCUGCACCAGGCCUGCCUGGAUGUUGUCAUGCUCCUACUUUGAUGAUAAAGGACUGAACCUCUGAACCUGUAAGCCAGCCCCAGUUAAAUGUUGUCCUUUGUAAGACUUGCAUUGGUCAUGGUGUCUGUUCACAGUAGUAAGACCCUAAGUCCCAACUGCCAGAAUCACAUAGGUUGUGUAAGUUUUGCUGCUUAAAUGCCAUGAGUGGUAUAUAUUAUUUGCUGGAACAUACCAGACAUACAUGAUUCCUGAGGUCUGCAAAUUACGGCCCUUGUCUGACCCACUACUCUUUGCUUCCCUCCCUCCCUUUCUUUCCUCCUGAUACUUUUGAGGCAGAGUUUCUGUGUAGUCCUGGCUGGCUUCACAAUGUAGAGCAGUCUUGUCUCAAACGCUGAGACCCACCUGCUUCUGCCUCCAUGGCUGGCUCACCUAUCCUUCCUUCCUUCCUUCCUUCCUUCCUUCCUUCCUUCCUUCCUUCCUUCCUUCCUUUCUUUGUUUCUUUCUUUCUUUCUUUCUUUCUCUCUCUCUCUCUUUCUUUUCUUUUCUUUUCUUUUCCACCUUUAUUAAAUUGGUUAUUUCUUAUUUACAUUUCAAAUGUUACUCCCUUUCCUGGUUUCCAGGCCAACAUCCCCCUAGCCCUUCCCCCUUCCCUUCUAUAUGUGUGUUCCCCUCCCCAUCCUCCCCCCAUUACUGCCCUACUCCUAACAGUCCCAUUCACUGGGGGUCCAGCCUUGGAAGGACCCAGGGCUUCCCCUUCCACUGGUGCCCUUACUAGGAUAUUCAUUGCUACCUAUGAGGUCAGAGUCCAGGGUCAGUCCAUGUAUAGUCUUUAGGUAGUGGCUUAGUCCCUGGAAGCUCUGGUUGCUUGGCAUUGUUGUACAUAUGGGGUCUCGAACCCCUUCAAGCUCUUCCAGUUCUUUCUCUGAUUCCUUCAACGGGGGUCCUAUUCUCAGUUCAGUGGUUUGCUGCUGGCAUUCACCUCUGUAUUUGCUGUAUUCUGGCUGUGUGUCUCAGGAGCGAUCUACAUCCGGCUCCUGUCAGCCUGCACUUCUUUGCUUCAUCCAUCUUAUCUAGUCUUGUGGCAUGGAUCACAUGUGGGGCAGGCUCUGAAUGGAAGUUCCUUCAGUCUCUGUUCUAAACUUUGCCUCCCUAUCCCCUCCUAAGUCACCUAUCCUUUCUUGUUCUUGUGUUCCAGGUGUGUCACAUUCAUUACCUUUGUCCCACUCCGUUUAUGUGUACCACUCCUCUCCUCAGUUUGGUUGUUAGUCACUGUAGAAUUUCAGCGCCUUUCAUUCUUUACACCACAACACUGGAACAGUUGCAAGGGUGGUCACAUUUUAAGCCCUUGUGAGGAUUGGGGGCCAUGACAUUUUAGAGAUUUGAGACUAAAUUAAAGUAAGUUAUGAAUUAAGCUUACAGUGAAGGACAGAACCCAAUUUCAUCAUAUUCUAAGUUAAUCAGCGAUCUGUGAGAGGAGUUAAAUUAAUUAUUCAAUUUUUCUUUUUCUUUUUUUGGAGACAAGGUCUUGCUGUGUCUGCCUCUGCCUCCCGGGUGGUGGGAUUAAGGCAUGGGCCACGGUGCUUGGAGCGCAGAGGCACUUCAGAGUUAUACAUGCUUAUUUAAGUGGUAAUUUGUGCAGUCCUUUGUCAUAAAGAGAAGACUUCCCAUGCGUUGCCUUAUUUUAAAUUCUCAUUUAUUUUGAGGCAGGAUCUUGUGGUGUUGUCGGGGCUGAUCUCAAACUCCUGGUCAAACGGUCCUUCUGCCUUGGUUUCUCUCAUAUCUGAACUUUGCACGUGUCCCUUAUUUUUUUGGACUAGCCUUGUCACGUGUCAGCUUGCAAAGGCUAGGGUUGGGCAGCAUGAUGGAGAGCAGUGUUCACGUCUACCAAGCUGAACUUAGGAGUUUCUUCCUUCUCCUCCUCCUCUUCUUCCUCCUCCUCUUCUUCUUAAACAGGUAUCCAAAGAUAUACCUUUAGUGAAGAAAUGAAUGAACAUAGUUUUUUAAAAAGCACAAAAGAGUGAACAGAUAUUGGGAGACCCAGCAACUGUGAAGUCUCUGGGUACAUGAGAUUAAUUUUGUCUUUCAUUUUCUUUUUCUUUUUUAUUGGAUUUUUUAUUUACAUUACAAAUGUUAUUCCCUUUCCCAGUUUCCCAGCGAUAAGCCCCCUAUCCCAUCCCCCUCCCCUUCUGCUAUAAGGGUGUUCCCCUCCCCAUCCACUCUUCCCUACCUCUCCCCCCACAACAUUUCCUUACACUGGGGUGUCCAGUCUUGGCAGGACCAAGAGCUUCUCCUCCCAUUGGUGCCCAACAAGGACAUACUCUGCUACAUAUGCAGCUGGAGCCAUGGGUCAGUCCAUGUAUAGUCUUUGGGUAGUGAUUUAGUCCCUGGUAGCUCUGGUUGGUUGGUAUUGUUGUUCUUAUGGGGUUGCAAACCCCUUCUACUCCUUCAGUCCUUUCUCUAACUCUUCCAAUGGGGACCCUGUUCUCAGUUCAAUCAAUGGUUGGCUACGAGCAUCUGCCUCUGUAUUUGUCCUGCUCUGGCUGUGCCUCUCAGGAGACAGCUAUAUUAGGCUCCUGUCAGCAUGCACUUCUUGGCUCCAUCAAUAUUGUCUAGUUUUGGUGGCUAUAUAUAUAUGGGCUAUACACCCAGGCACAGCAGGCUCUGAAUGGCCAUUCCUUCAGUCUCUGCUCCAACUUUGUUUCCAUAUGUCCUCCUAUGAACAUUUUUGUUUCCCCUUUUAAGAAGGAGUGACGCAUCUGCACUUUGGUCGUCCUUCUUCUUGAGCUUCAUGUGGUCUGUGGAUUGUAUCUUGGGUAAUUCGAGCUUCUGGGCUAAUAUCCACUUAUCAGUGAGUGCACAGCAUGUGUGUUUUUUGGUGAUUGGGUUACCUCACUCAGGAUGAUAUUUUCUAGAGGAGUAUUUCUUAACUAGGGACACAGUUUUGUAUUCAUAUAAAGUAAAGCACCCCACUCUUUCUCCUCAAUACUGUUUUCUACAUAUUUCCUUGUAUUUUAUUUAGACCCUCAAUAGUGUCUUCUGCUUUAGCCCCAGAAGUGAAGUCAUUUUUGGAAGACAAUUCCCCUUCAAGUCAUGAUAGCUCAGUCAGAAAACUGACUUCAUAUUCAAAUUAAACAAACAAAUCUCUACAAAAACAAACUAAGCCCCAAAAUAACUGGAAAGUCAGCUCACCAAAGCUCUAGGCACCUGCCUCACCUGCUACCACCCACGCAGGAACUCUGGGGGAUGUUUUGUUUGGCAGACAUUCAGGAUGGCCAUCUCUAGUACACCUGAGUAUUCUGCAGACUACCUAGGGAAUGGCCUGUCAGAGCCUGCAGUGAUGGAGAGAAGUGGGAACCCAGACAGUGCUGAAUGUGGGUGGUUACACCCGGUCAUCUUCAGUAACGGCAAAGGGAAUGCCUCACCUUGCAUAGAGAAACCAGAACCAGUGAUGGCCGUCUCUUCAGGUCAGAAGUCCUUUUCAUUUCACCAUUGCAGUCUUUUUCAGCUCAUCAUUUGUGAGCUACUGAUUUGAAAUACUGUAUGUGGAGCAAAGCAGAGUUUCCAUCCAACUUCUAUAUUCCUCGUACUAAACAUACAAAUCUCCCGGUCUUCAAAGCCUCUGUACUCAUCUUCAAAGGGAGUUCACUUUCCCCUGAGUGAGCCCUUCAGUGCUCAGAAGAGCGAGCCCCGAGGCUCUCCAUCACCAGGCAAAGCUCUGCAGGCUUCAUUUUUAGCUGGGUUGUGAGAACAAUUAGGGUUCUUAUUUUGUUUUUAGUAAUUACAAAGUGUCAAUACUGGAUACAACUUUCGAGCAUCUCUGGAAUUUUGAUAUAUUCUUACUAGAGUCUCCUGACUUGAGAAUCACAAAGUGGAGUUUAAAAUUAGUUAAUGGGGCUGGGCCUGCCCUGUAGUGUUUGCCCAGCUUGUGGAAGGUCCUGGCACUCCGCUCCACCUCCAGCACUGCGGCAGCAACAGCAAAUUAGUAAAAACUGUCAAGGCCUGCCUUAGUUACAUCCAAGCAAGAGAUAAAUGGUUAAACGAAUGCUGUCAGGGAAAUGGAUCAAGCCUGGUAGUUUACACCAUCAACCCCACUACUCAGGCAGAAGCAGGCUAGUUUGAGUUUGAGGGUAGCCUAUCUAUGUCAGAAAUUCAGGUGAGCAUGGUCUACAUUGCAAAUUCAUGGCUAUAUCAUGAGACCCUGCCUCCUUUCCAUUCCCCUCAGAAGUUAGGGAAAUGUUCUAAGGUGGUCACAUCCCAGCUAGUACUCUACCUUCUCCCAAGACACGUUCUACAGCAGUUCUGAAAGCUGAAAAUCUAUUUCUGUUGCGUACAUAGAUGGGAUCUAAACUCAAUUCCCUUAGACCUUAUAAAAACAGAAAACUCUAGGGGCUGGAGGGAUGUGAAGGCUCAGAGGUUAAGAGCACUUGUCACUCUUACAGAGGACCAGAGUUGCUUUCUUAGCACCUACAUGGCUGUUCACAGCCAUCCUAAGUCCAGUCCCAGUUAUCUGGCCUCCCCAGGCACUGCAUGCACACAGCGCACAGACAUACAGACAGAGAAAACACCCAUACACUUAAAAAUAAAGUUUGAAAAAAAAUUAAAAACGGAAAACUAUGGCAAGGGUGUGGCUUGGGCCAUCUCAGCACUCCAGAGACUGAGGCAGAUAUGCCACGAGUUGGAGGCCAACCUGGUCUAUUAGUGAGCUUCAGGCCAGCCAGGGUUAUAUAGUGAAACUGUCUCAAAAGAAGAAAGGAAAAAAGAAAACAAAAGUAGAAAGCCGCUCAAUACCAAGUUUUCUGCAUAGAUAAGUAUUAAGGCCUCGUUAAGCCGUUCACAGGUCACAUGGCGUUUCUUUCCUUCCUGCCUAGACUAGAGCAAGCUUUUGGGCCUAGUUCCACAGCAGCCUACCCCACCAGUCGCCCACAGCCCCAGGCAAUGGUUUUUAAUAGGCGAAAACUUUUUAUUUGGUUUAGUAGUUCUUAUGUUUGUUUAUUUAGUUUUUAUGUUUAUUGAACUUCCUGUGGGAUCUCUAAUGACAGCACUGGGAAGGCUUCAUGUUUGUCAGUGAUUGGUUAUUAGUGACUCAUGUGUGUCACUGAUUGGUUAUUAGUGACUUCAUGUGUGUCAGUGAUUGGUUAUUAGUGACUCAUGUGUGUCAGUGAUUGGUUAUUAGUGACAGCAAUAGUAAACUCGCUCUAACCAAAGCUGUCUUGUAGGAAUGAAUAAAUGAUACAGCCUUUAGUCAUACGAGUAUUAUGUCUUAUAUCUUUCUAUAGAAUUGUUCAUUAUGGAAGAGGUUGGAACUGGUAAUUUGAUUUACUUAGUUUUAUAGUUUUUUUUUAAUAGUUUUAUAGUAUAGUUUGUUCUUUGAGAGAGAGUCUCUCAAUUUAGUUCUUGCUGUCUUGAAACUGUAUAGACCAACCUGGCCUUUAACUCUCAGAGACCCUCCUGCCUCUGCUUCCUGAGUUCUUGGAUUAAAGGCAUAUACUACCAUACCCGGCCUUAGGGACUAAUGUUAAAUAAAAUCAGAUUAUUUGUCCAUAUUUCGAUUUUGGAUUAAAAAAGGAUAAUUAAUGUCAUAUAAAUAGCCAUUGUCUUAUUUGUUAGUUUUAACCAGAAUUUCAGGCUGGUUUCAAACUCUGUUGCUGUGGGUGCUGGGCCUGAGCCCAGGUCCUCUCUCUGCAGUGUGCUCUCAGAUGCUGAGCUAGCUUUCCAACACCAGCCAUCUGAGUCUAGGAUUUCAUAAUUGUAGGUGGUAAAUUACAGAUUUAGUUCUUGUGUGUGUGUGUGUGUGUGUGUGUGUGUGUGUGUGUGUGUGUGUGUGUUUUGUGUGUGAGCCCAUAUUUUGCGGCUGGGAUCCAAAUCCAAUGCCUGUGUUUGCGAGACAAUGCUUUGAGCUCAACCCCCAAUGUAGGAAUUACAGCUUUAAAAGGAACAAGCACCCAAAGAGGAACUGUUACUCCUAUGCACGUUACUUUCUUCUCUUGUUGAUCAGCACUUUUUACUUAAGGGAUAGUUCUCUGUCCCAGAGGUCACCUACGUAAUAGUUGCAUUCAGUGUGGUAAUCUCCCACCAUGUCUACUUUAGGCCAUCAGACCAGGCUUCUGUGGUGAGGCUGCUGGCCGUUGUACAUGCCCCUUGCUCUCUUCCCUCAGCUCUGUCACCCUAGAUGUAUGGUACAAGGUCUUCCCUCCCUGGAGCUGAGGUAGAUGGAGUUAGCCAUCAAGAGACUUGGUGCUGGAGGGUCCUUAUGAAGACACCACAUCCUUCUGAUGCUCUCACUGCAAGAGCCGCUGUGUUAGUCCACUGCUCUGUGUUAGCACACUGUUCUGUGUUACUGCUUUUUCUCCAGCCUCCCCUGGACCCAGGCUCAUUUCAUUGAAAUACCUUUAAUCAGUUGGUUUUGGUGUGUUUAUAAUGUAUGUCCUAAAUAAUUUUUUGCUCUUUUUUUUUUUUUUUCCGGAGCUGGGGACCGAACCCAGGGCCUUGCGCUUCCUAGGCAAGCGCUCUACCACUGAGCUAAAUCCCCAACCCCUGCUCUUAUUUUUAAAAGAGUACAGAGGACUCAGUGUUUUGAACAGUUAUUUACUCGUGCCAUGCAAAACAGAAGUGUGAUUGAUUCCAUUUUUGAGAGGUUAUUAGGGGAGCAAGAAUAACUAUGCUGUUCACACACACUAAGAGCAAUGCAAGACAUGGAUUUUCUGAGCCAAUUAAAGAAGUCUUCAUGAAGUGCAGUGCUAAAGAUUUUUUAAAAGAUUUAUUUAUUUUAUGAGUCCACUGUAGCUGUCUUCAGACACACCAGAGAGGGCAUCAGAUCUCAUUACAGAUGAUUGUGAGCUGGGAUAUGUGGUUGCUGGGAAUUGAACUCAAGAUCUUGGGAAGAGCAGUCAGUGUUCUUAGCCCUAGAGGUUGUUUUCUAAAGUGGCUAAAGACUUGUGUGACAUAAAUGUAUGACAGUAGCUUUUGAGUUAGUCUGUAAAGAUUGGUAAACUUUCUUCAGCAGAAUUAACAGAAAGGGCUCCGGCCAUUCUAGUGUGAAUGUUUUCACUGAAUUUUUCCAUCAGGUAUGUGAGCCUUUGGAUCUAUGAUGUUUUCUGUUCUUUUUUCUCUUUCUUCCUCUUUCCUUCCUUCUUUCUCUUCCUUCCUUUACUUUUUUUUUUGAGACAGGGUCUCAUUGUCUAGUUUUGGCACUCACAAAGAAUGCUAGCAUUAAAGUCAUGCAUCACCACCAUGCCUGGCUAGGAUCCAUAACUUUAAACUUGAUCACACAUGGGGGUUUAAGUUCGUAUUGCUGGAGUUGGUAGUGGAGUUAUAGCAGGUGAAGCUGGAAAGAAGAGUGUUGUAGCUGGAGAGUGGAGGACUAGAGUGCUACCUUAAGAAGUCUGAACAUUGAUAAACAGGCAGAGAGAGACUGAGGGCUUUGGAGAGCGUUUCGGAAGUGCUCUGAGAAGAGAGUAGAAGGCUAGUGAGACAGCCCAGCAAGUAAAGGCACUUGCCACCCACACUGACAACCCGAGCUUGAGUCAGGUAACCUCACACGGAGGAAGAAGAGAACUAACUACUGCCAGCCCUCACACACACCAUGCACAAACACACACAUGAAAAGGGAUUUUUAAAAAGAUGGCUUGGGUUUCAGAAGAAAGAGGUGGGAGGGGCAUUAAGUUUACAAAAUCCAUGCCUGAAGGAUAACUGACUGGCUGACAUUUUAGGGAAGUAGCUGAAAAGGAAAAGAUAGACCAGGGGGCAUUUCUAAGAACAGACUGAGGGAAGUCUGGGGAAUGAGUAGAGCACGAGGAAGCACUGGAGAAGUGUGGGCUGUGGAGACGAUGAAGCAGCAAGCAGCGCUUGCAGUUCAAGCCUGAAGACCUGAGCUAAAUCCCCAGAACCUGAACAGAAGAGCCGAGUGCGCUGGCCUGAAUGUGUGGUCCCAGCAUUGCUAUGGUAGGAUGCGUAGGCACAGGAGAAUUGCCUAAACGCCUGUCAGCCAGCUAGUCUGCAGGAGGCAGCAUGGCAGAAACUGGAGGGGCCAUGCUGCACCAUGUAGAAGGAGAGAAUGACCCUCAGAAAACCAUCCUCGGACCUCUGCAGGUGUGCUCUGGAAUACGUAUACACACACACACACACACACACACACACUCAUACACACCUGCUCACACUCAUUCAUACAUAGGCACUCACAUACACACUCACACUCAUUCAUUCACACACACAUACACACACUCUCUUACACAUACACACUUAUACACACUCAUUAAUACAUGCAUGCUCACACUCAUUCAUACACACACCUACACUCAUACAUACUUACAUACACACACAACACACAUUCUCUCUCUCUCUCUCUCACACACACACAUACACACACACACACACACAAACACACAGUUAAAGUUUUAAUUCAUUGUAUGCAUGUAGGAAAUAACCAAAGAAUAAAAAUAUUUUACAGGGGGCUGGAGAGAUGGCUCAGAGGUUAAGAGCACCAACUGCUCUUCCAGAGGUCUUGAGUUCAAAUCUCAACAACCACAUGGUGGCUCACAACCAUCUGUAAUGUGAUCUGGUGUCCUCUUAUGGCCUGCAGGCCUACAUGCAGGCAGAACACUAUACAGAACAGAUAAAUAAAGCUUAAAUUAAAAAAAAAAAGCACCCAAUUAGGAGCUGCUUAAAUUUAAAAAAUAUUAUACAAGAGCUCAAGCAUUUAACUUACUUAUGUAGAGCGUUGGUCUGGGGAUGUAGCUUCCUGGUAGAAUUCUUGCUAUUAUGUGUGAGGCCCUGGCAUUCACCUUCUGGUACCAUAAACAAAAAAGCACUUCCUACCUACUCCAAAGCAACUCCCACCCUAAAGCCAAAUCAGACUGGGAGUUUAGGCCGUAGUUUGGUGAACUCUAGAUUAUACCUUUUCAACAGUCUAUGGCCACUGUCCAGUGCUAUAAAAUCUAACAUUUCUGUGCCUGUGACCUUUUUGGAGAUUGUAUUUUUAACUAUGUGUGUGCACAUGAGUACAGGUCAUGUUGGAGGUCAAAGGCAUAGGAUGCUCUUUGAGCUAAAGUUAUAGGCAGCUGUGAGCCACCCAGCAUGGUCUGGGGACUGAGCUCAGGUCCUCUACAAUACUUGCUGUUAGCAACUGAACCAUCUCUCUAGCGCUAUAUGUAUGUCAGCCAUGAUAGUGAACAGAAGAAGCAGUUUGGUCUCUGUGAGUUCAGGCUAUGUAGUGAGACCCUGUGUGAAAAACAAAUUUUCUUAAGAGAAAUGUGCUGAGUAAUUUGAACAGGCUCCCAUGGUUUUAUUCUAUACUGGGAUUCCUAGAUUAUGGCAGCCAUUAUCAGGACCAAGGGCACUGGGGGCCUGAGGAGGAGCAGUUGCCAGGGAAAGGCUGGCUUGAAUUGUUUUGUUUUGUUUAUUUUUUGGGGACAGUUUCACUGUAUAACAGCACUGGCUAUUCUAGAACUUGUAGGCCAGGCUGGACUCGAACCCCCAGAGAUCUGCCUGCCUCUGCCUCUCCCCCCCUGCCGUCCACUAACCCUGGUGAGUUUUUGUCAUGUAGAAUACUGUUGAGGAACACAGGGACUUAAGGAGGUAAUGCUGUAGAUAACCAUAAAUGAGGCUGGGCAUGUUUGCUUAGGCCUGCUAUCCUAACACCCUGAGGCUGAGACAGGAGAAUUGUAAGCAAGGGGAUCAUCAAUUUGUAGUGUCUCAGUUACACAGAAACCCAAGAUGGCUGGAAUGCAGCUUCCAGGCUGGAUAGGAAAGCCGAGGCCAGCGGGAGAGCUUUGGGAAGAGUGUGUGUGCCUUCCACCGAGCACAGCACAACAGGAGUCAGGAGUUCCGUCGUAGGCACACACGGGAAUGCUCCUGUCUUAAACAAACAAACAAACAAACAAACAAACAAACAAACACCAAACACAAUUCAUUCCCACACAUGCAGACACUGACAUUUGACCAGCAAAAAGGUCUUGUGGCCGUUGGCUGAGAGUGGAGCAGUUCUGGUUGAGAUAAUAAUGGUUUCUUGGCUGCACACAAGUAAACUUUUACUUAGUUUCCUGUCAGACAGCGAGCAGGGAGGGGAGCGGAUAUAAAGUCCGAGCCCUCAGAGAUGCUUGAAGACAGUCCACCACUUCUGUUACUGAGCUCGGCGGCCUGGCGCCUGGCGUUGGCUGCCGGCGUGUGUUGACUCGUGCUGUGUUGUAAUCUCUUGGACUCGGGUCCUGAGUUGCUCUUUUGUGACUGAAGCUGGACUGAAGGUGCUGGACGUCCAGUGACCCUGGAGGAAGAGCCAGUCAGAGCAGGGGGUGGAUGGAAGGGAGUUGGAAGUUGUGCAACUGUAGGAUUUGCUCUUUUUUUUUUUUUUAAUUAAAUUUAUUCUUUUUGUGUAUAUGUGUGAGUGUGCACAUGCCAGCUUGUACAUUUGGAGGUCAGAGGACAACCUUUCAAGGUUGGUUCUCUCCUUCCACUGUGGGGAUGCCAGGGACCAAAGUCAGGUGGCCAGAUUAGGCCAUUGCCCCCCAAACCAUCACUCCAUUCGCCCCUGUCACCAUUUUAAGUGAUGACGUCCCUUUCCUUUCAGUAGUCGUCUUACCUUUUAACAUCAUUUUUCCAUCAGUUACAAAGUCUGUUUGAAGGCAGAUGUUGGCCUCUUCCAGCAUUUUUGUGUUCCUCAGCUGUUACACGUGCUGGGAGGAACUAAGAUGUGGUUUGCUGAUUAGCUUGUAUAAAGGCUGAUGCUUGUAGAAAGUGGGGAACGGGGAAGGACAGCUGAGGUAACUUUCUGUUUGAGAAACAGAAGGGUGGUGGGCUUUUUUUUUCUUUUCACAAAGAGAUAGCAAAGUUCAGGGAUGAUGGGUGAGGUUAGGCUUUUAGUGUCACUCCGUAUGUUAAUGCUAUCAUAACUAAUUUGUUUUGGGAAGAAUUAAAGCCUUUUUUGCAUCUUUGACUGGGAAACAAAUACUGAGCCACCUAAAACACAGAUUAAUUUUGCAAAAAGAAAAAAUGGUAAAAAGUAUUCUUUAAUCAAAUUAAUCUGUCCUUUUCCUCCUAAUUCAUCAUGAUGGCUUUGGGUAUAUGGUGGCAGCUGAGAGUGGAUAAUGCAAAAAAUGUCAAAGUAAUGUAAUCCUCAUUAUUCAUGGUCACUUAAGAGGAUAAAAUGACCACUGGCCACUAAUCCUGGGGUGCUUACUCCACUGACCUGGAAAUAUCCUUAUUUUUUUCUGGAAAGCAAGUCAGUGAGUUGGUUGAGCUGUCAGAAUUGAUUAGCUUUUCUAAACCUAACAGUAAGUAACUAGAAGCCUUUCCCUCCCUGCCUCAUAGAACGGUUGCUCCUUUACUCUGGAAACUGUGGCGUGAGCAGGAGGAGACGUGCACGCCUAGCCAUCCGUGUGGGUUCUCAGACUUAACCUUUAGUGUAGGCUCAACAGAGCUGCCUUGAAGGUGCAGGCUGCAAGCCUCGAGUCUUCUUUGGUUUUAGAGAUUGCAUCUCCUUCUGUGGCUCUUACUGAUCUGGACCUCAGCUUUGUUUAAUAGGUUUUUAAAAAAGAUACAGUAUUCCUGUCAUAUGAAGUUUAAAAAAUUGAUAAAUAUAAAAUAAAACAAAAACAUGUCCACUCAGAGACCAAUGUUGGUAGCAGCACUGUUCAUGAGAGGCAAAAACUAGAAACAAUUAAAAUGUUCAACAUGUGUGGGCAGCAUCUACCUUGCUAAUACCUGCAAAACUCAGGAGAACCGCAAAAGCAAACGCAAAAGAAAACAACUGGAUGCUACCCUUAGACACAUAUGGGAAUUAAGAGAGGCAAACACCAUGCUGACAGGAAGCAUGUCAGUGGUUUCCACAAUCCAGAGUGCAAGGAAAGAAGACUCAAAGGGGGGCCAGGGAACAUUCUAGAAAAACAGGGAUGCUCUAUGAUUAUGAUGCCAAAUUACACCUGCCAGAACUCAAAUUCAACACUUAAAUCAGUGGCUUUUCUUUAACAUAAUUUAUCCCUCAAUAAAGCUGACCUUUAAAACUCAAGACUUCUAAAUUGAUUCCUAGUUAAGAUUUUAUCUACCUCUCUUUUAAAAAUCUUAACUUGCAUUCUUUUUUUUUUUUUUUUUUUUUUUUGGUUCUUUUUUUUCGGAGCUGGGGACCGAACCCAGGGCCUUGCGCUUCCUAGGCAAGCGCUCUACCACUGAGCUAAAUCCCCAACCCCUUAACUUGCAUUCUUAUUGUAAGGUGAGUUAGUUCCAUUAGAUUAGUCUUAGAUUUCUCAUGACAUAAAGAAUUUACUAGUAUCAGGGCACAAUAACUAAAUCCUGGGGAAUGUUUUCAAGGUUUGUUUUUUUUGUUUUUUUGUUUUUGUUUUCUCCACGUGGAGAGGUUUAAUGAGAGAAGAGUAGAGGGAGAAACAAAGGAGGCGGGCCAUGGGCACGUGGAGGGAAGGAGGGAAAGAUGGGGAGAGAAGGGACAGGGGACAGAGGGGAAGAGAGCAGAGAAGCAAGAGCAAGAGAGGGUAAGAGUCAAGGUUUGUUUUUAAUUGUGAGCAUGCAUGUGUCUGCCUGUAUGUGGGUGAGCGCAUGUGCGAAUGCAGGUAGGUACUCUUGAAAUCCAGGAAAGGGUGUUUGACCCUUUGGAGCAAAGUUACAGGCAGCAGUGAGUCUUCUGCUAUAGGUGCUGAGAGCCGAGCCCUGGUCUUCUGUAUGAGCAGCACAUGCACUACUACUGAGCCAUCUGCAUGGCCCUCCCCCUCCCCCAAAUCCUGUCUUACACCAGGAAUCCUUACCAGAGCACACACAGGCAGGUGCAUUAUUAUCAAGAUGGUAUUUGGUUUAUGACGCAUAAGCAGUGCGUCUGCACUUGUACUUGCCUGGGACUUCAUUUAGUCUCAAAUACAAAGAUUUCUAAGGGGCCAGAGAGAGGGCAACAGUUAGGAACACUUGCUGUUGCAGAGGCCCAGGGUUUGGUCCCCAGCACCGUAUGGUAACUAACAACCCUCUCUGUAACUCCAGUUCCUGGGGAUCUGACUCCUUCUGCUGACCUUUGCAGGCACCAAACACACAAGUGCAGCAGAACACUCAUACAUAAAAUAAAAUCAAUAUAUCGGUUUUAAAAGCAGCAUUCAAAAGAGAGAUGUUUAGAAACCUUCUGUGUGGAGACCUCACUGUACAGCUUCACUGUGCAGCUCUUUGUCUGGGUUGAAUCUCUGGUAAACAGGAAAGAAAUUAUGAGAAUAAGGAAGUGAAAAUAUGGUCAUAGAUGAACCUGGAAGGACUUCAAUAGUUUUUGUGGGAUUGCGUGUAGUGGUGCUCAAUUAAGAGUCAGUAUUUUUUUUUUUUUUUGAUUCUUUUUUUUGGAGCUAGGGACCGAACCCAGGGCCUUGCGCUUCCUAGGCAAGCGCUUUACCACUGAGCUAAAUCCCCAGCCCCAAGAGUCAGUAUUUUAAAUCUAUGAUCUAGCUAGCCAUUUUUUUUUUUUUUGGUCUAGGCAUGAAUUCCAUCUUGUGAGGUGUGAUUUAAAUCAAAUCACAAAGUUGGUUACCCCCAUCACAUUCAUGUCUGUAUUGUAUCUGUGGACACGUCUCACCAGGCCGGUCAGUACUUAGCUAGCAGUAGUCACAGCUGAGUAAGAGUCUUCGAGACUGUUCUUCUCUGGAAGUGUACACAGAACUGUUCAGCACUGUGAAAGACAGCCAGGAAGGAUGCAGUCUUCAGAUCUAUCCUAACUUGAAUUUCGCCAUGUUCUAGGACUCUUUGCUGUGUCUCCAGCCAUAGGGUUAUUUGACAUCAAGUUCUGAAAGACAAGAGCAGUGCCUUACUUUUCUAUUGCCGUGAUAGAUGCCAUGACCAAAGCAACUUAAAAAUAAAAGCAUUUGGGGUUGGGGAUUUAGCUCAGUGGUAGAGCGCUUGCCUAGCAAGCGCAAGGCCCUGGGUUCGGUCCCCAGCUCCGAAGAAAAGAAAAAAAAAAAUGAAAGCAUUUGGUUGGGCUUACAGUUCCAUAGGGUUAGAGUUGGUGAUGACAGAGUGACGGCAUGGUGGCUGGAACAGGCUGAGAGCUCACACCUUGAUCUGCAAGCAAGAAAAGAAGUCAUACUUGGAGCCGUACGAGCCUUUUGACACCUCAAAGCCCAUUCCCUACAGUAACACAUCUCCAACAAGGCUAUGUUUCUCAAUCCUUCCCAAACACUUGCACCAGCUGGGGACCAAGCUGGGGACAAGCCCAUGGGAGGCAUUCCCCUCUGUAGGUGGCAGUAGCUUGUAAUAUUUCCGGUGGUGUAGGGGACCACACUGACCAACAACUCACACCUUGCCACAGGCUUUUCAUUUAGUAGUCUAUGUCUGGGCGAGAGGCACAGUUUCUCCUGUUACAGGGUAUUCCAUUUUAAUUUUUCAUAUAUGUAUUUAUAUAUAUUUUAGGAAGCUUCUAUGUUAAUAGGUGUCUGUAAGGCAUUUUCAAAGGUCUUUAGUAUUUAUCUUUCCUCGUGCUCACUGUUCUACCCUGCCCUCCUAUUCCCAUCCCCAUCAGCCCUUCCUGUUCCAUUAUUCCUCUGCCAUUCCAGACCUUCUGUGUUCUGCCCCCACUUCUUUCUUUGAAGCCAAUUUUUUUUUUAGCUAUUCCUAAUUCUCUCUUAGAAAAGUGAUAUCUAGGAAGCUCAGGUCACAGAGUGCCUUGCUGAAGUGUAUUUAUUAUACAAGGUGAAGACAGCUCAGCGCUAUGUCUAGAGAUUGAUAAAGAAGCAUUAUUUAUUUAUUUGUUUGUUUGUUUGUUUGUUUUCAAACCCAGAGUCUUGAGCAUCCUAUGUAAGUUCUGUGUAAGUGCUCUACCACUCCGCACCCCAGGAGAUACCUUUAAACAGUUUAGAUGUGAACAUAUUCUGCAGGCUCCUUCCCCAGCCUGGCUCUUCAUGUAGAACGAGUUCACUUCGAGCUCCGUCUUCCUGCCUCAGUUUCCGCUGUGCCCAGCACAAAUCUUUCUUUUGACGCUUUUCACUAAAACCUGCAGAGGUUUGCAGUAUCAUCUUCCUAUGGCCAGCUGAAGGGAGCAGUGGAAUGUUUGCAUAUGGUCCCCUAAACAGGAAUUAUGGAGCCGAGAAGGUUAUUUUGUUCAGCAGUACCUGGGAGACCCUUACUUUUUACCCACAUGGAAAAGGAAUCUUAGUAGAGUCUCAUAAUAUUGUUCUAGCUUCCAUACUUAGGUAUUUAAUGAUAUGGUUUAUUUAUCACUGUUAUUAUUUGUUACGUGGCUGGGCGAGCCAAGUGAGUGCAGCAGUGCUUGUAGAGACCAGAAGAGGACGUUUGGUCCCAGGAACUGGCGUUAUAGGUGCAGCUGCUGUGUGGAUGCUCGACGCUGACCCCAGGUCCCCCGGAAGGACAGCAAGUUCUCUUAACGGGGGAGUCAUCUCUCUAGCCUCCUUGUUGCUGUUUUAAAGAUAGGUCUUACGCUAUAACCUAGACUGGCCUGGACCUUGUGUAGCUCAGGCUAGCCUUGGCACAGCUCAGGCUAGCCUCAACACAUGUCAGCAUCCCUGCCUCAGCCUCCCAAGUGCUGAGUACAGGAAAUGAGCCACCGCAUCUGGCAUAAUAGUAUUUACUGUUAAUUAAAAUGCUUGGCAAGAUCUGUUCUAAACUAUCAACUGUUGUCACAUCAUUAAGCCUGGAAUCUUGCUUCCUGGUGUCUUGCCUAAUGAACUGUAAGAAAGGAAAGACCAACUGCUCUAGAUGCUCACGACUCUGUGACUCUAAAAAGUAAACCGUGUGCCCUCCAAACAGAGCUGCUUAAGCCAGUGAGCAUCCACUUUAUGCACCAUGUUGUAACGAAAUGAUAAUAGUGGCUGUGUAGUGCCAUGGCAACAGCACAUGGUGAGAGAGCAGGCUGUGCCAGUGACCACAGUGCUAAACUGUGCAGGUAAAGAGCCUACGGGAAAAAUUAAAGUAGGUAUGUUGAGAGGAAGUAGUUCCCUUCUCACGAUUUGUAAAAAAAUAAUUACAUUUCGUUUUUUUUUGGGGGGGGAACCAGCCCCUUUAGAAAAUUAGAAAUUGUCCUUUUGAAAAUGGCAGGUGGUAGAGAGGGUACUGCAAAACAAAUAGUGACCCCUUUGAAGUUAAAAUGAAAGCAUUUUAAAGCCAGAACUGCUUUAUUUAGCAAUACACGCACUGACUAUUUAAUUUUGUCCUUUAGAAGGGAGUUGGCCUCACAGAAUUGCUGGGAAGUUAGAAUAUUGAAGAGGAUUGGUAAAAAAAGUGGGAGGAUCAAAGCCAAUGAGAUUGGCUUAUUCUUCCGCAUUACCAAAUAAACCAAGCUUUUGAACUGUGUCUACUUCAGUCAAUAUUUGGGUAUUUGCUUUGAAGCUAUUUGUUUGCGAUAAUGCCAUUAACAUCCUGAACAGAGCCAAAGUCUGACCCUGAGAUGGUAGAAUCUUAACCAAUCUCGUCAUUUUUAUAGAAAUCGAACCCUCUGAGGACAUGACAUACGAAACGAAACAUCUCUCGAAACGUCUUGUUUUGAUUUUGGGUUCGGUGCUGAUUUAUGAGUAUCAAAAACCUAAAUGUUCCGCACUUGCUGAUGUCACCCUCUCAUCGUAGCCAGGUGGGAGUUGGCGAGUUGAGAAAGAUUCAGAGAAGACAGCACACGGGAAGAACUACAGCCUUUUGCUGCCUGACUGAUCCGCCCAGCUUUCCGUUCUGGGACUCCUGAGUGACUGUGUCAGGCUCCAAAUCUCAUUCCUUUCUACUGCAUUGCAGCGGGGGAAAGAAGGAAGAGGAGGGCACAGCCAAUGGUUUUCACUUUUGGGCCAUCUUUUUAGGUGCUGUUAGAAAGUUAAGUCAGUAGAGAUCACCACUCCAACCAGAAAUAAGAAGGCAUGCGCAAGCAGUUCCCCAAAUACAACAUGAGGUUAUGUGUAGUAGAAUUAACUAUACGUGAGAAAAUAAAGCUGAAAGUCUAUAUAAAGGUAAGACAUUCUCCUGUGGGUUUUAUAUUUCAGACUGUUGGCCUUGUAAGGCCUUUUUUUGAUGAUUUACUCUACUUUUAGUAAAUUUAGUAGGAAGAAGAGAGACAGAGUCCCAUGCAGGCUCUGCUGCUCAGUCUAGCAUGCCUUUGGUGGGGACAGAAUGACAUGUUUGCUGCCUCUGGGUCAGGGCCAGUGGAAGUGUUCCUCCAGGAGUGUGGAUGGCUGCCAUGGGCAUAAAGCUUGUCUCUGGGAGGCAAAGAUGUGGCUAACGUCUCAGCAAAAAAGUGAAUGCUGGGACCUUUAGGACAGCCCUUAAGGCUGUGGAGAAGAACUCUAAAAGCAGGGAGGGAACAAAGGGGUGGGGGCAGGAUCAGGUGUUGGAAGGGACAGAGAGAAGUACAGAGGGGUCAGGAAGUUGAAUAGAAACAUGUAACAUCAGGGACUGGGGAACUGUGGGUAGCCACUAGAAAGUCCCAGAUGCCAGGGAAGUGAGAGGCUCCCAGGACCCAACAGGGAUGACUUUAGCCAAAAUAACCAACAAAAGGGAGACAGAACCUGUAGAGACCACCUCCAGUAGAUAGGCAUGGUCCCCAGUUGAGGGAUGGGGACACACACACAUCUCAGAAUUGUUAACCCAGAAAUGUUCCUGUCUAAAGGAAAGACAGGGACAAAAGAUGGAAUGGAGACCGAAGGAAAGGCCAUCCAGGGACUGCCCCCAGGGGGGAAUCCAUCCUAUUGCAGACACCAAACCCAAACACUAUUGAUGAUGCCAAGAAGAGCUUGCUGACAGGAGCAUGGUAUGGCUGUCCUCUGAGAGGCUCAGCCAGCAUCCAAGACAGAUACAGAUACUCACAGUCAAUCAUCAGACUGAGUGACCCCAAUGAAAGAGCUAGGGGAAGGACUGAAGGAGCUGAAGGGAACCCCAUAGAAGAACAAUGGCAACUAACCACUCAGAACUCCCAGGGACUAAACCACCAACCAAAGAGUACACAUGGAGGGACCCAUGGCUCCAGCUGCAUGUGUAGCAGAGGUUGGCCUUAUCUGGCAUCAAUGGGAGGGGAGGCCCUUGGUCCCGUGGAGGCUUGACGCCCCAGUGUAGGGAGAUGCUAGAGUGGUGAGGCAGUGGAUAAAUGGGUGGAGGAGCACCCUCACAGAAGCAAAGGGGAGGAGGGAGAGGGAAGAUAGCAUGGGGGACUGUGGAGGGGGAACCAGGAAGGAGGAUAUCAUCUGAAAUGUAAACUAGUAAAAUAAAGAAACUCUAAAAACACGAGUCUCAAAAUAUAUAAUUUCUCAACUAUGCAAAAAAUAAGGAUACAGUGUGAAUCAUAUGAGGGGCUUCACAAAUCUAAAGGAAUAGAACAACUGUGUUAAUGAACCAGCUUGUUAGAAAAAUACAAAGGCAGACUGAUAUCAAGGCAGGCUGAUACAAAGGCAGGUAGAUUUCUGAGUUCAGGGUCAGCCUGGGACACAGCAAGUCCAGGCCCAGGUGUGGUAGAAAUGGUAAUUUCAGGAUGGGGUCCUACCCACGUAAUUGAUUGGCUGCGCUUAACAGAGGCAGGCAGAUCUCUCAGUUCUUUUACAGUGUUAAAAGGAAAUGUGUGUGCUUGUUGCCUCCUAAGAAUUAAGGGGCUGGGGUCACUGGAUGCUGACUCAUAGGAUAAUCAAAAGGAACCCUGAGUAAAUGACUGGAUUGAUAUAUAAAAUAAAAGACUGGGUUUAAGAUCUGCAAGAGAUGAGCUCCAGUUUUUUAGAAUAGCAAGAGAGAGCCACUUGGAGAACUAUCUGGAGAUCUCCAGACAGAGCAGGUCAGAGAGAAAGCAGGCCGGAGAGCUGUGUUAAGCAGAGGAGAGGCUGCCAGUGUUGAUGCACUCUCUGACUUUGGGUCAUCUGUUUUUGCUGCUCCCUCCCAGACACCCCUUCCCUCAGAACACCUCUCCCAGCCAAGGCCCAUCCUUGGCACUCUGCAGCUUUAGAAAUAUCUUUGGUUGUCUAUGCACUCUUUUAAAGUAGCACUUACAAGAAGGAUGACCUCAGAUACGGUGUGGGCAGGGUCCUAAGCUUAUUGUCUUUCCCUGUUCCAGAAGAGCUGACACUCAGCUCUGACAGGGGAACUGUCCUCAUGCAUGUUCAGAAGGUGCUGCAGGGCUGGAGAGAUGGUGACGUUGAGCAUGCUAGAGUACUUGUUGCUCCUGCAGAGGACCUAGGUUUGAUUCCCAGGACCUAUAUGGCAGCUCACAAUCAUCUGUGACCCUAGUUUCAGGAGAUCCAACAGGUAUACAUGUGGCACACAUACAUGCAUUUAUGCAAAGCACUCACACAUACAAAUAAAAAGAAAGUCUAAUAUUUUCUUUAAAAAAUAAAUGUCCUUCAGGGUGCUAGGAGGAUAAGUCCAGCAGUGAGAAUAAGCUGGGCUGAAAGGCUUCCAACAGGACUGACAGUGUUCCUGGAGGGUUUCCUGCUGAUGAAGAAGGGAUUUUGACAGGAAGUGCUGUCUUGUUCAGUGAAGCCAAGUGAAACUGAGCGAGUGGGUUAUGUGUCCCCGAGCUGCUCCAGUGUGGAUCGAAAGGUCUAUGACUAAGGCUUGCUUACUAGGGAGGCACUCUGAGGAGGUGAUGGGAUAUGGUAAGAUCCUCAGAUCAUUGCAGAUAUUCCCGAGAUGGGUAUUCUGGGACGCUGAUCUUAGUGUCUUCCUCUUAUUUGGUCCCUGGCCAUCAUGUAAGACGCUUUGCUUUACUCUGCACUCCUGCCAGGACGUGCUGCCCCAUCCUCACACUGCCACAUUCCAUUAGCUUCUGUCCUUCCCUGAGUCUGCCUUCUGCCUUCAUGUCAGACUCAUGCAUGUGAGCAUGUUCACACUCACUCACAUGUGUGUGCACACAUGCACACAUUCAAUCAUGUGUGCACAUACACAUGUGGGCACGCAUACCUAUAUGCAUGUGUAUAUGCACACACAAUAUAUGCUUAUAUACAAUAUGUGAAAAUAGUUUCAUGUACCUAUAAAACUUGGUAUUUAUUUGCACCUGAGAAAAAUGUUAAAUUUGCCUUUCUGCAUCUGCUUAUUUUGCUUAAUAUGGUCUCCAGUUGCACCCUUUCUUCAAACAACAAGCAUACUUUCGUUCUUCCCUAUGGCAGACAAAACCCUAUUGUUUAUAGACCACAUGUUCCUGAUUAGUUUGUCUAUUGCUUGUCUGCCAUAAGCAGUGCUGCAGUAAAUGUGGAUGUGUGAGGAUCUCUGGGCUGUGUUGGUGGGCAGUCCUUUGGGUAGAGACCCAGAAAUACUGCAGCUGGGUUCUAUGGUACAGCAUGUAUUUUUAGGAACCUUCACACUAAUUUUCACAGUGCCUGGGCCAAUGCCCACCCCCAGCUCUGGUUCAGCCUCUCCACCCGCAUCCCCACCAGCAUUUGUUGUUUUCUUUUCUUUCCAUAGUUUGUUUCCUUAGUGAGUGUCAUUCUGACUGGGGCCAGGUGGGAUUUCAGUGCAGUUUAAACUUGCGUUUGUCUAGUAGAUUACAGCGUUAGACAUUUUUUUCAUAUGUAUAUUGGCCAUUUCUUCUCCCACUUUUGAGAACUGGCUGUGUUUGUUCAUAAGUUCAUUUCCUGAUUGGGCGGUUGGGCUUUGGCAUCUAGUUUUUGAGUUCUUAAUAUAUUCUAGAUGUCAAUCCUUUGUCAGAUGCAUAGGUGGCCAUCUCAUGGGAUUGCUUCUUUUGCUUUGGAGACGUUCUUAGCUUUAUUCAAGUCCUUGUCAGUUCAGCACUCUUUCCUGAGCCCCAGAGCUCUUUGCACACAGUCCUUCCUUCCCUGGACUGUUGUCAUAUGCGUUUCUCCAACAGUUUCAGGCCUCACUGGAUGCAACAGCGCGUGCCUUUAAUCUAGCUCUCGAAAGAAUGUUGGGUCCCAUUUCUCUUCUUCCUCCCUUAUCUGAUGCUCUGCUUGCUCAGCCUUUCCCUCCACUACAUCCUGAGGCAGUGUUUGCUUAAAGCUGUUGCCAACAUCUUGAGAACAACUUUUCUUAGUUUUUUUGUUUGUUUUUUAUUUGUAUGAGUGUCCUGCCUGCAUGUGUGUCCCAGAGCUUGAGGAGGCCAAAAGUGGCUGUUAGAGCCCCAUAGGACUGGGGUUACAGUUAUGAGCCACUGUGUGGGCAGUGGGGAUCAAACCUGUGUCCCGGAAGAGCAGCCGGUGCUCUUUAACCAUGGAUAGCAUCCCUCUGGCUCCUUGAAAUUCUUAAUCCUCACUAUUUGUGUGUGUGUGUGUGUGUGUGUGUGUGUGUGUGUGUGUGUGUGUGUCAGGGUCAUGGUGCAUCAGUGUCUGGUGUGUGGAGUACAGGUUUAAGGAGUGCCCUUUUUCCUUCUAUCAUGUGGGUCUUGGGGAUUGAACUCUGGUCAUCAGGCUUGGUGGCAGGCACUUUUAGCCACUGAAACUUCUUGCCUCAACAUGUUGGCACUCUGUCUGUCUGUUUGAGAUGGGGUCUGGUUUGGAACUCUCUCUGCAGACGAAGCUGUCUCCAUCUUGGAGGUCCCCUUGCCUCUGCUUCCUGCGACUUGGGGUUAAAGGCAGGUACACUGUGCCUAACAAAUUCUUUAUAUUUGAUCUUGCUUUAUAAUAAAGCCCAGUGGGACAGUGGAGCUGGACUGGUAGAUGUGUACCCCAGUUCACACAGCAUUUGCUCUCCCACCUUAGGAAGGACUCCUCAUGUGACUUCCUGUUCCAUGACACCCAUCCUGUCUGGCUUCUACUUCAUGCCUGCUGCAGUCUUCCACAUGAGUGAUGGAUCCCAUGAGAGAGGAGGAGGAAGUUGGUGUUCUGUAGAUGCCUCCGUCUUCCUCUGCGCCCUGCAUGAUAGGAUCUCUUGGUCUUUGGGAGUGUUAGUGGCAGUAUGUUUGUACAUUUGGUGGGCAGCUGACUAGAGGGUCUGAGGCACUGAACUCACACCGGUUCAGGGACUUCAUGUAGAGGUUUACCGCUCCCUGACAUACUUGCUUGCCCUGGAAUGCAGAGGUGCCUGACCAUGUGCUUCUUGGGCAGCUGUGGUACUGAGGCAUCCUCCCCACUCCAGUGAGGAGCAGCGCUUUUCUAAAAACAACCUUGUAUUCAAAGGAGUACACAGUUGGCUAUAAGCUUAGUGUUUUCUCUCCCUCCUUCCAGCAUUCUAGUCGGUCUGAGCUUUUUUUCUGGUGAACGGUGACUUGAGGUGUGUUCUGUGAAUGAUCUGUCAAAUAUAUAUUCUGAUUUAGUCUAAACAUUGUCUUCAAGUGAGCAUGUGAUACUAGAUUAACUUCUAACCAGAACUGAGUUUCUUUCCUAUUCUUGUGACUUUUAGCUUUUUGGUUUUUGACUUUGGGAAUCUAUGAACCUCGCUUUGUUUUGUUUUGAGACAGGGCCUCACUAUGUAUUUUUAGCUGUUCUGGGACUUACUAUGUAGACCUGGAUGGCCUGGAACUCACAGAGAUCAGCCUGUACCUGCCUCCGAGUGCCAAGAUUAAUUAAGCAUGUGCCCCACUAUGCUCUGCCCCGACUCCCACCACCGUUUUUGGUUGAUGUGAUAAAAGGCCCCGGGCAAAAGCAACUUAGAGGGAAAAGCGUUUCUUGUGGCUCACCACAGCAGGGAAGUCACAGCAGCAGGAAUGCAAGGGAGUCGGCCAUGUUGUAUCUGUAGUCAGGAGCUGAGAGGAAUGGUUAUGCUUGCUGUUGACUCCUGGACCCAGCCCAGGAAGAGGUGCCACCCACAUUCAGAUGAGUCGUCUACUUAAUUAACUCAGAAAGAAAUGCCCGAAGGGCAUCUCCACAGGCUAAUUUGCUCAGACAGCUUUUUACACUUGAUCUUAGCCAAAAGGCCGAUCUCAGACAGCUUUUUAUUGGGAUGCCCUUCCCGGGUGAUUCUAGAUGGUGUCAAGCGGACGAUUAAAACUAACCAUCAAAGCCCUGCUGUGCAAUCUUUGGCUCAUCCCUCUCUUUGAGAGCCUUUUGCGUUUUGCCCUCACAUGUCUUGAACCCUUUUACUUCUUGGCAUUCCUCGGAAACUCGUCUUAGCUGCCGUACUGGACAGUUCUGUCAACUUGACACAAACUAAAGUCAACUGAGAGUCUUGAGAGAACCUCAAUUAAGACAACACCUCUGAAGAUCAGGCUGUAGGCAAACCUGUAGGGCAUUUAUUUAAUUAGUGAUUGAUGGGGAGGGCCCAGCCCAUUGCGUGUGAUGCCUUCCCCAGGGCUGCUGGUCCUGGGUUCUAUGAGGAAGCAGGCUGAGCAAGCCAGUAAGUAGGACCCCUCCAUGGCCUCUGCAUCAGCUCCUGCCUGCAGGUCCUGCCCAAUUUGCGUUCCUGCUCUGACUUCCUUUGGUGGUGGACUGUGAUGUGGAAGUGUAAACUGAAUAAACCCUUUAUUUCCCAACUUGCUAUUUGGUCACGGUGUUUCAUCGUAACAGUAGAGACCCUAACUAAGAUGGCCGCAUAGUCGACGCAGAGAAUCUUUGGGAUUUUAAAGAUGGAACCCAGGGCCAGGGAUAUGUAUCCAGUACGACAAAAACACAAAGAUUGUGGCUGGUGGGAUGGCUCAGCAAGUGAAGGGCCUGCUGCCAAGUCUGAUGACCUGGAGUUCAAUUCCCAGAACCCACAUGUGGAAGGAAAGAACAGACUCUUGCAAGCUGUCCUUUGACUUCCUUACCUGUGCCCUGGCACCAACCCUCCUUCAAAAAACAAAUGCCACAGUGAUAAGGACAGACAUGGAGCCGCUGGGUGACAGUUAUUCUGAAAGGAAUUCAGGUUGUGCUUGGAGCUGUGUCAUGGAUCCCCCCCACCCCCGUCCCCCGGACAGAAGCUUUAGAACUGCUUGGCCUGUCUGUCAGUGAGAACUCCUUUCUCCAAAGUGGGGUGUCCUGGAAGGGAGAAAUCCUGACUUUUAAAGCAGCUUGGUGCUCUCUCAAGCCGCCAGGAUACAAGGAGACCCUCUCAACACAGCCCUUUUAUGCACGAGAGCACCUGGCUGGGGGAGGGCUCCUGUUCUUACCAUGCUCUCAGCUCUGCUCCGCUCCAGCUUCCAACUUCCCCAGAGAGAACUGGUGGCUUCUGUUUCAGGCAACUCUGUGUAGAUGGAGUUUACCCUCCCUUGCCAGUUUUCACCUGGGAGAGGAGUGACACAUGAUCACUGGGUACCAUCCCAUUUGGACAGUAAACGUCACCCCACCAGUCAGUACAAUGUCUUUACACUUGUCUUGCAUGUUGCAUUAUUAAUUUUCACUUUAGAAAGAUCAGCUUGAUCUCAGAGCCAAGUACGAUGUGGAUCUUAUCACUUCCUGUGUAUGUUUUUAUUCUCGGAGUACGUACAUUACCCAUUCUUGUCAUCAUCCCCCCCAGCUGCUGGCUGCCUUGUUCAUCGGAACUUUGCUUAUGGAGUUCUUGCUUCUUUCCCUUAUCUGUCUUGCCCUCUCUGUCAAGAAUAAGUCAUUUGUAACUGUGCACGGUCGUCCUCACAGCAAGGCUGCUUCCAUGCCUGGAAGAAGUCUAGCACAGUGUAAAAGAACCCUUUCCCUCCCAACCUCUCAUUGCUUUCCUCAUCAAUUAUUUACUUACCUGUGUAAUUCGCAUCCACUGAAGCAUGUGCUACCAUAGCCCCAGACGUGCUCCCUUAGAAAGGUCUUGGUCUGGUGUCAGCUGCCGUCUUCAGGGUGUAAUUUAGUUAGGAGCUGCUGUGGGAAACCCGCUGGCUGAGUUUUUGCUUGUUGUUUGGCCUAUUACUGACCUGACCCCUUAGCUGCUGUUGUCUGGUUUUGUGUCCUCUCUGCUGCUAUGCAGUAAGGGUUCUACGUGUGCUGCCCGAGGGCUGAAGGGACAGCAGAGCUCUGGGGCUGAGCCUCAGUGGUCCCCCUGGGGUGCUGGAAUCAAGUCUCUCCCUGGUUCUCCUUCAUGACCGACUCCCGUGAGCCUGCGCUCAUCCUUUCUAACCUAAAUGCCCUUCCUAAAGAACUGCUGCCGUUUAGAAAGAGGAGUUAGGUUUGUGGGUGACACAUGAGGACAAAGCUAGUCGUAAGUCCUCCUGUAAUGGCUUUCAGGAACCCUACAUUGGAGGGUUAGUAGAAGGGGCCUGGAAGCCAGCAGGCACAGGUGGGAAUGGGGACUGGGUCCUGGUGUUGCCUCUAGGAACUGCUGAGAGGCUGGCCAACUUUCUGAAAGCCUGAAGAAGUUUCUUGAAGUCAGGGUGACUUUGUCGUAUGAGACAAGGGGCUCCUGCUGAGUAAUGGGCUUUGAGUUGUCGAGAAGUAAGAACGCUUUAGAGGACGACUGAGCUCUGUUUUCAGCUCUUACUGAGCACCGCAGAAUGCUUCUGCUUUGUGAGGUCGUACAGCGUUGUCUGCCCUAGGCCACUGAGUAGGAAUGACAAGGGACAAUCAUUUUUGUUGUAAUCCUGAAAAAUUAUUUUACUUUGCUUUUUGAGACCAAGCUUUGCUGUGUAGCUCUGUCUGGCCCGGAACUCACCGUAUAGGCCAAAUGGUUCUCAAAGCUUGCAGUGGUGAUCCUGGCAGUGCAGUCUCUUUGAUGCUGGGAAUCAAACCCAGGGCUUCCUGCAAGCACUCUACACUGAUCAAUUUUAUUUUUUUAUGAGCUAGGCUUGCUGUGUAACCCAGGGUGGCCACAAAUUAUUGCUCUUCUUGCCUCGGUCCCUUGAGCAGCAGUGUAACUUCUUAGAUAGUCUUUAGUAUAAGUCUCUAAAAUGCAAAAGUAGGACGUGCUCUUUAGAGACUUUCUAUAGGAAAAGCAAGUGGUUAUACAUUCUGCUCAUCCACUGUUACCCUCCAUCCAUUAAUAGCUAUCAGAGCUCAAGUCACUGUGCAGUGUCAGUGAGACAGACUUUGCAUCCAGAGCUAUGGGUAAAUGCUCAUCUUUAAACAUGCUUGUACCUCAGCCUCCGUACAACUGGUCAGGGGAGGUAAAUAUAGCUAGGAAAUAAUUGUAUCAAAAUAUCUUAAAUUUUAUCAAUAAAAUUAAUUUUAAUUGCAAGUCUAGUUUUCGGUUCCAGUGACAUUUUAAAACAUGAAAUCUGUUAAGAAAUGCAUUUUAAUGUGAAGCUCUCUCUUUCUUCUGUCCUUAACCAUAGUCAGGUUGAUGUUAUAUUAAGUGAGAAGCUCAUCUGAUUGGAUUCACUCACCAAUAGGCUGUUCUGUAAGCAUCUCAUGGCAGUGUCCUGAAGGUCUCUUCAGCUUCAGCUUUUUGUAGACAUUAGGAACAAGGAGGUGUGAUUUCUGUCACAUUUAUGAAGCUGAAAAUGUUUCAUAUUCUUGAAUAUCGAUUAUUUUUAAAUCUUUCAUUGGUUCUUUGUGAAUUUCAUAUCUUACACCCGAAUCCCACUCAUCUCCCCCUCCCUUUCACCUUACCCUUCCACCCUUGCUACCUCCUUUGCAACAGGAAAAAUUCUCCUUGUAGAAGUUGUAGUGUGCCAUGGUGUGUCCCACGAUAUUCCCUUUGUCCAUACUCUUUGCUCAACAAGGUUCAUUGCACGACUUGUCGGUGUGGUUCGAGGCCUCUGGCUUCUGCUACUUUAUCAGUACUGGAACCUCACUGGGAUUCCUCUUGGCUAUCUUGUUGUCACCCUGUGUCAUGGAGAUCCUGCAGUAUUGAAUCUGGAGAACAUGCACUCCAGCAGUUCAGUUAAGUGGGCCAAUUCAAAGCCUUGGAUCUGGGCUGGAGAGAUGAUCGGCCCACAACCCUGCUGCCCAGGUGAGGGGCAGGCCCUGUUCUCCCAAGCAUUGCAGCUAGUGAGGGACAUGACCCAUUCUUCCACUCUCCCAGUCCUGGGAGCAGCUCUCCCAUCUGCCAUAGAUGGUGAAGGAUGAGGGAGGGGAGGAGCCUGUCUCUCCCCAAUCCUUGCUAUAACAUAGCAGGCAAGAGGCAGGGCCCGCUCUCCUGUGCUCACACUCUCAGGGAUGGCUCAUCAGCAACCCCUACAACUAGGGCUAGCUUAACUAUGCUGCACAGGCAAGACACGGGGCCUGUUCUCCCGAUUGCUGCAGCAGGUGAGGGGAAGGCCAGUUCUCUGGCUCUGAUGACCUUGGUGUCAGUUCUCUGCCGAAGGUAGCAAGGGUGUGUGUACAGGGUUGGGGAAUCUCUCUUGCCCAUGUCACCACAGAGCAGACACGUGGUAGGGUCAGCUCUCCCAUGGUCACCUGCCCCCAGGGUCAGCUGUGCUAUGCUGCCCAGGAGUGAUGCAGGGCCCGCUCUCCAGAGAGCAGCAGCUAGUAAAGGACAGGGCCUGUUCUGCUUCCAUGACCCUAGGGGCAGGUCUCCUACUUGCUGCAGGUGAGUUGGGGGAGGAGGUUAUCACUCUCUUGUCCACUACAGAAAGACAAGGUAGGGUCAACUGUCCCAUGCUCAUACUCGUAAGGCCAGCUCACCUGCAACUCCUGCAGUGUGCGGUCUGCUCUCUGGAGUACUAGGGCGGGGUUGGCUCUCCUGCCUCUAGACCAGCUCUCCCACAAUUCCCAGGGGAGGAGAGGGGCCCGUUCUGCAAGCCCUCAGACAUCAACCUGUCCCCGAGUGGCAGCCCAGACCAGGGACACCAGCCUGGUCUUUGGUAACAGAGCCCUGUUGCUGCAAGGCCAUCAACCCAGACAUGGCCCCCAGUGGUAGCACAGGCCAGGACCCUUCCAUGGUCACAGGCAACAUCACCAGCUUCUCUCAUCAGACUGUUUCUCACUACCCUCAGGUCUACAGUUCUGCCUCACUUUGUUGUGCCCACAUCCUUCUGUUUCUCUUUCUCUCCCCUUUUCCCACCACUUACUGGCUCCUGGGCAGGGGUCAUCCUGAGCAUUGUGUGCCCUCCGGGCAUGCACAGCUCUGGGCUGGUGUUCAUCUCAGGUCAGAUUCUUGUCCGGCGUCCUUCUGGUCUCACUCCUUGACCAGCUUGCCCAAGGGUCCAACUGGUCUGUCCCAGACUCACUCCUGCCAGGGGCCACGGUCCCAGGCGGGGUUCUUCCAGUCUUAGGCUUGCUUCUCUGCCUGGGAGACUCUUUGGGCCUGACUGGCACUGGGCUGAUGGUUGUCUCAGGCUCACUUCUGUCAGGGAGUGUUAGGCUACUAAUCAUUCAGACAUUCCUAGGUCAGAAUGCUGAGCGUAGAUGUAGCCUCUCUUCUCUCUGCCACCUACUGACACACGGUGACAGUGCAGCCUCAUCUGCAACACCUCCAGGGGCAGGCAGUUAUCAUUCACCUGAAUAUUUGCUGGAACUGAUUCAUAAAAAAGGUCUUUGUGCUACUCUAUCCUGCUGGUUUAUCGUUUACAGUGUUAAACUCAUUAUUUUCUGUAUACACGGAGGAACUAUGGUUCAUAUUAGCCAGAUGAAACAGAUCUUUAGAAAAGUUAGGAGACAGACCCAGAUCUUCCACAAGGGCUUUCCUUCUACUCCCCUGAAUGCUGAUAUGUCAUGGUUACAUUACUCGUAGAGAAGACCGUCACAGAAGUGGGUGACAGGAGACAAUGGUGGCUUUACUCAGGCACAGCUAUACCUCACAUUGAGCCUCGUACGUUUGGGAUGCUUCUCAUAAAGGUCAAUAUGAAAAAUACUGGUGUAUUAUUUUAGAUUUGAAGUUGAGAACCACUUAGCUAUUUCAUGAAGAAAUAAAGUCUUAGGCUGGAGAGAUGGCUCACUGGCUAAGAGCGUUAUCUGCUCUUUCAGAGUACAUAAAGAAAAAUUAAUAAAAAUAAAUGAAUUAAAGUCUUAGAACAAAAGAUUUGUGAUCUUGAAGACUGUAUAAAGAGGAGCAAACAGGCUGAUAUAAGGCUGUAGAGGGGAGGUUGACUUUAAGUAGUUCUCUGUGUUCAUGGGUUGUGUGUGUGUGUGUGUGUGUGUGUGUGUGUGUGUGUGUGUGUGUGAGAGAGAGAGAGAAAGAGAGAGAGAGAGAGAGAGAGAGAGAGAGAGAGAGAGAGAGAGCCUUGAGUGCUGGGAACAGACAAGUACUACCACCAUGUCUAGCUGUGUGUGUGUGCGGACGUGCAUGUUCAUGUAUGUAGUGGCUAUUCCUGGUUGUCGAUUUGACUGUAUCUGGAAUGAACUAUAAUCCAGAAUUGGAAGGCUCGUCUGUGAUCCAAAUCUUGAGGCUGGGAGAUACAAGUUUCUGACCUGGAUCUUGGCAUGGAGAUCUUGAGGCAAAGUGGCUAUGAAGCCCAGGAGACUAAGGCAAGGAGCUCUCUGAGUUCAAGGUCAUCUGGGACAAAGCAAGUCCCAGAUCCAGGCGUGGUGGUUCAUACCUUUAAUCUGAGUCAUACCUUCUAUUGGAGACCUACAUAAGGACAUUGGAAGAAGGAAGGUUUUCUCUCUCUCUCUUCUUCACCUGCCUCGUGGGACUGAGCCACUGCUAGAUCCUUGGACUUCCGUUCACAGCUGCUGCUGACCAUUGUUGGGGAGUUGGACUACAGACUCAUGGGUAGGCUCGCUGUCCAUGGGCAUGAUCUUCUUCUGCUGCCCCAUAGUGAGUGUCUUCACAGACAUGUUUGGUUGCCGGAGAACAGCUGUCCUGGGUGCAGCUGUAGGAUUCGUUGGACUCAUGUCCAGUUCUUUUGUAAGCUCCAUCGAGCCCCUCUACUUCACCUAUGGAGUCGUAUUUGCCUGCGGCUGCUCCUUUGCCUACCAGCCGUCACUGGUCAUUCUGGGACACUACUUCAAGAAGCGCCUGGGACUAGUCAACGGCAUCGUCACGGCUGGCAGCAGCGUCUUCACAAUCUUGCUCCCUUUGCUGUUAGGGAAUCUGACCUCCACCGUGGGCCUCUGCUACACACUGCGAAUUCUCUGCAUCUUCAUGUUCGUUCUCUUUCUGGCUGGCUUCACUUACCGACCUCUCGUUCCCAGCAGCAAAGAGAAAGAGAGUGAGGACAGCAGAAGUUCCUUCUUCUCCAGGAGAAAGCUUAGUCCUCCAAAAAAAAUCUUCAACUUUGCCCUCUUCAAGGAGACCGCCUAUGCCGUGUGGGCUGCUGGGAUACCACUUGCUCUCUUUGGAUACUUUGUGCCUUAUGUUCACUUGAUGAACCAUGUAAAGGAAAGGUUUAAAGAUGUGAACAACAAGGAGGUGCUCUUCAUGUGCAUUGGCGUCACUUCAGGGGUUGGACGGCUUCUCUUCGGCCGCAUUGCAGACUAUUUGCCUGGUGUGAAAAAGGUCUACCUGCAGGUCCUCUCCUUCUUCUUCAUCGGCCUGACGUCCAUGAUGAUUCCCCUGUGCAGCGUUUUCGGAGCCCUCAUUGCCCUCUGCCUCAUCAUGGGUCUCUUCGACGGGUGCUUCAUCUCCAUCAUGGCGCCCAUUGCCUUUGAAUUAGUUGGUCCUCAGGAUGCUUCCCAGGCCAUUGGGUUUCUCCUUGGAUUCAUGUCCAUCCCCAUGACUGUUGGUCCUCCUGUUGCAGGGUUGCUCCAUGACAAACUGGGCUCCUAUGAUUUGGCCUUCUACCUCGCUGGGAUCCCUCCCUUCAUUGGAGGUGCUGUGCUCUGCUUAAUCCCGUGGAUUCAUAGCAAGAAGCAGAGAGAGAUCAGUAAAAACACCGGAGGGGAGAAGAUGGAGAAAAUGCUGGCGAACCAGAGCUCUCUCCUGUCAAGUUCAUCUGGAAUCUUCAAAAAGGAAUCCGACUCAAUUAUUUAAUGCCAUAUAUACCUCCACCUGACUGGAUUUGCUUUUGAAUUUUAAGCCAGUUUUCCUUUUAUAUGAAUUGCAGAUUUCUUAUUUUUUUAAAUCAUCCUUGGAAUAGCACAAAUGGGACAUGAAACCUUUAUUACUACAAGAACCAUUUUCUCUCCCCAAAUAGCUUUUGAUAUUUCCAGGAAUCGGGGGGUAAGAGACUGUUGUUACAGGCAAGCAUGUUUGGAACUCAAACUUGAGCAUUCAAAGCUAUCAGUAAGGAGCAGCCCUGGCAGCCUUGGGUGCUGUGGGCUGCAGCGUGUGUUUGCUGCGCUGGGUGGGCUGCAGCAUGUGUUUGCUGCGCUGGGUGGGCUGCAGUUUGGUCCACGCUGGAAGCAUUUUGCUUUUCAGUUGGUGUCUUUUGUUCCAGUGUGUUAUGUGUUACUUUCUACAUCAUUUUGGAACUUUUUGCAAAAUCUAAGCCUGGAUCCUACAUGAUAAGAGGCCAACCUUAGCCUCGAGUCUAUUCAAUGAUUUAAGCUAUGAAAUUAGGAGGUUCCUACAUGCUGCCAUGUCAGGGGGCCUCCCGGGAGCAGAUGCUAAUGCUACCACCAUGAUAUGGGCGAUAGAAAGGUCCCUCCCGUAGGCAGCAAUCAGGUGUUUCUUCCACGAACCUCUCUUCCCUUUGGUCUGUAGUGUGUUUUACUCCAGUCGCCAGAAACACCCCACAUUUCUGAUUUUGUAUAAACAAUAAAGUGAAGUAGAAUGUAUAAAA